CCUGAAUGCGCUGUACCCGGAAGCCAUAAAGGCCACGGUUCUGUUCGCUCACUCCCUUCCUCAACUAUCAUACUUGGUAAAAGCCGAAAACUUGAGGAAGUUCUUCCGGUGGCAAAGGAGGAGCCGGGUCCAGUUUUCGCAAGUCUUGUACUGCACGUGGCGGUGGUACAAAACCCGUGCUACAUACCGUUAUACAUUGUCAUCUGGAGAGGCUAGAGAAAUAUGAGACAGAAGAUGGCUCUCAGUUCAAUCCUGGGAACAGCGUUCCCAUCCCGAGAGAACGUUUCAGAUCCGUUAACUGGACCCGCCACUAACAUCUCCCCAACCACUCUCCUCGAAACCUUCAUCCCGGGCUACGGCCCCAUCCACAAAUUUCUUCUCUACACCUUUGGUUUCGACGUCACAGUCCUCGUCUCCCUAGGGGCCAUCCUCUGGCUUGGGGGCCGUAUAGGUCGCUCAGUAUGGACCGUGAUCUGGGCUCUGAUCGCCGCCAAUUGGAUGGCCGAAGUAUCUGUCAGCAGCUCCGAUGAGAUCCACGCCCACCUCCUCCAAUUCCUUGCGCACCAGUACAGGACCAAAUCCUCACGACGCCUGAUGGCCGAGACCCCUACCAAAUCCGCUUGGGAACUUGAUAGCGAGGAUGCGGAAAACUUAGAGACCACGGUCGAUGCAGAUGGGAAUAUCAAGUGGCUCAACUUUUCAAACCAGGAAGCGAAAACCCAGCCGAUAUUUACGCCCGCAAUCGGGAAUCACAGUUUCUGGCAUGACGGCACCUACUUCACGCUCAGGAGGAAAGAGGUCACGCUUUUUGAUGAACUUGGCGGUGGCGGAGCGGCCACUCUGAAGGACAAAGAGAUUCUGACCCUGUCUUGUUUCGGGAGGUCGACAGAGCCGAUCAAGGCCCUUAUUCAGCAUGCCAAGAGCCAUUAUCAUCUUGGUCAUAAUGCAAAGACAAUCAUUAAGAGGCCAGCGCCGAAGGAUAUGCGAAGAUUCGGGGGUAGAGGGUCCUGGGUUAAGAUUGCGGAACGGCCUUGUAGACCUAUGAAGACGGUCGUGUUAGAUGAGGAGCGUAAGAUGGAUGUCCUGGCUGAUAUCAACGAGUACCUCAAUCCGGCAACUGCCAGGUGGUACGCAAAUAGGGGUAUCCCCUACCGUCGAGGAUAUCUAUUCCACGGGCCCCCGGGGACAGGGAAGACAUCUCUUACUUUUGCCUUGGCGGGCGUCUUCGGAUUGGAUAUCCACGUGGUCAGUUUGCUGGAACCAACGUUGACGGAAGAGGAGUUAGGGAUGCUCUUCACUAAUUUACCGGCUCGCUGCAUCGUGCUCCUAGAAGAUAUCGACACAGCGGGUCUGCUGCGAAACGACCCCGAAUCCGACGAAUCCAAGAAGGUGGAUGGCGAUUCAUCAUCGAAUCAGGAUUUUAAUGUAGUUAAUCUGACCAAGGCGCUGAGGAAAGCUCAGGAGCAAUCGGAAGAGGAGCGCAAGAAAGGCAUUUCAUUGUCUGGUCUCCUGAAUAUCAUUGAUGGCGUCGCCUCCCACGAGGGCCGCGUGCUAGUAAUGACGACCAACCGGCCCGAAAAACUCGACGAUGCCCUGAUCCGCCCUGGCCGCGUCGACCACCAAGUCGCAUUCGAAAACGCCAAGACGCACCAGAUCCAAGAACUCUUCGAGCGCAUGUACGCCAACGAGCUCCCUCGCACGCGGCUCCAGCCCUCCGUGGACCUCACGCCGCCAUUACCCCCCACCACGGGCGAGAAAGUCAAGGUCCUGAACGCGGUCGUUGCUGAGGUGCAAGGCGAUGAACUGAGGGCGCUGGCUAAGGAAUUCGCGGCUAGGGUCCCCGAGGGCCUGUUCUCCCCUGCGGAACUGCAGGGGUUCUUAUUGAAGAGGAAGAAGGAUCCGAGGAAGGCGUGUGAGGAGGUCGAGAAGUGGGUUGCUGGUAUGUUGGAGGUUAAGCGCGCUGGGGGGAAGUUGGUCCCGCAGUAGUCUUCCGAGGGAGCGGAAUCAAUCAAUCAUGAUUAAUGAGAGAGAGAGAGAGUAAGGUAGUGGUGGCUAAUUGAUCCAGUUCAUCUUACGUAUACAUCUAGAAGAAUAAAAUAUAUAUAUAUCAUCC